CUUCCUGGGACAUUGACCAAUCAUUGUAAGACCCGAGCGCCCGUGCUUCUGCGCGGGACGAUUUGAAUUUUUCUGUACGCUUCCUGCCAGUUGCGAUGGAUGCCGUCUGCUCGGAGGUCACCAUGGAUCUCUCAGUUCGCGCACAAAAGUUUGAAGCUCAUAUACAGAAUUACAGGGGCAAUGAUCCAUUUGAUCCCUGGUACAGAUAUUUUCAGUGGCUAGAAGGAAUGUCAGAAGCAGAAGGAAAGCAAAAUUACCUGUCGUCUUUACUGGAGCGGCUUGUGAAAACAUUUCUAAAUGAUAAGAGGUAUCAUGACGACAUGAGAUUCAUCAACUGCUGUGUCAAAUUUGCUGACUUCAUUGAUAAUCCAAAUCAGUUUUUCGAUUACAUGUACAGCCAAGGAGUUGGUAACAAAUCAUCCAUUCUGUAUAUUUCUUGGGCACAACAACUGGGUGGACAAGGAAAUGUGCCUCAGGCACGCAUUGUUAUUCAGAGAGGUAUCCAAAAUGAAGCCCAGCCAAUUGAGAAAUUACAUCACCAGUAUUGGUUGUUACAGAAUAGUUUGCCACAAAAUGAAAUUUCAACUCCAGUUGGUGUUUUGCAGCAACGUAAUCCUCAGCUCUCUAAUCAGUUGGCUUCUAAAAAUGAUUCAGACUGUCCCUACAAGAGUCAGAAUUCAAACAGUUCUGAAUUAUACCCUAUGACUUGCGGGAGACAAGAGAAUAUAGAAAAACCCAAGUACAUCACCACCAUUUCCAAGUCAGAAGUUGUACCGGUGCCAUCAAGUCAUGCUGCCCUUGAGCAGAAAGUGAUGUAUAUCAAGGCACUUCUUGAUUGUGAAGGUUCUGAACUGUGCUUUGAAGAAGUGAGAGCCAAAGCAUAUUUGAAGAAGGCAGAAUGUUUGAAAAGGCAAAAGGAAUUGGAGAAUGAAGACAAUGAGUUAAUGAAAAAGAAAGAAAGUGACCUCCUUGAGCUACAGAAACUGCAGCAGAAAUUGGACCAGCUCUCCCAAUCAUCAUCUUCAUGCCAGAAAGAUGUGUUACAGCCAAUUGCUCACCAGUCCUUGCUAAGCUCAACAGGGGGUGAUCAAUGUGUACAAAUGACAACAGCACAAUAUCGGCCAGAAUGGAUAGCGUCUUCUGUAACUCAGAGUGCUCCAAACUUGAGGACAGAACAUCAAAGUUUAUCAGGAGAUGCUUUAACUUUCCAGCCUACUGGAAAUCACCCACAGAGAUCUGCUUUCAAGGAGACUGGAAUGUCUUCAACUUCUUUGACAACGAUGAGCAAAGUGGCCAAUACCAAUGAAAUUCUUGGACAGCAGUCAGUAUUUGAUCCUCCGAUGACAGCUCUAAGUGAGAAAGCUGCAUUUGAAACUCACCCUGAUUUUGAAGAAUGUGCAAAUAGUCUGUGUAGACUUCAAGUCAGCAGUAAUGAUUCUGUCCAAACAUCUCAGAAGUAUACUAUCUUCCAUAAUUGCCAUGAUGGAGAGAUGCACGUAGAUCCUUCAAAUCGGAAACAGCAGCAUUCCAUGGAAAUGAGAGACGAUAACAGAAAUAUGUCAGGCUUUUUUGAUCAACGUCAUAUGAUUCUAAAUGCAUCAAGCAUAAUACAAGCAACCCCAUCUAAAGUACAGCCUUCUCCUACUGUUCACACAAAAGAAGCCUUGGGUUUCAUCAUGGACAUGUUUCAAGUGACUUCUCUAAAAGAUACCACUAUACUUUCAGAAGAUGAAGAUGGUGAGGUUUUCUUCAGAAACAAAGAUCCAGGUGAAGCUGUCAGCAUUAAGCCUAGUGUUCCUGCUGCAUUAUCUGCUUUUACAAUUUUUGAAGAUGAGAAUAUGGAGGUCCUGCAGUCAGUCCCAAAGUCGACAUCUAUCAAAGUACUUGGUGAACGUCCCAGAGACACUUUGACUGUUUCUAAACCAAGAGACGAAAGCCAGCCAGCAGAGGGCCUGACAAGUGACUAUACGGUAUGGGCUAACCCAUGUAACCAAACUUUUGCUCCAUGUCUGAAAAGCCCUGAAGGUUUCAUUCAAGCUGCUCACCUUGCCUCCUCCACACCGUUCAAUACUAUUUCAGUGCCUUUAGCCCAAGAGAUGCAAGCUAAAGUCAUCGAGAACCCUUGGGAUGAGAGUUUAAUCUUCCAGCUUCUGUCCAGGCUGCCAAAACCAAUAAGUACUUAUCCCAAUACUUUCCAGUGGGCAUCGAAUCUUCCAGUUGUCAGACCAAAAACUGUUGUCACUUUAGCAUCCACAUCCUUCCACAUUGAUUGCUUACUUGGAGAAGGAGCUUUUGCACAUGUGUAUCAAGCUUCUGCCCUUGAUAUGGAGAACUCUAAGAAUAAUCAGAGAGUAAUACUGAAGGUACAGAAAUCUGCAAGCCCCUGGGAAUUCUAUAUAGCAGCUCAGCUGACUAAAAGGCUGAAGCCCAGCAUGCGUCACUUUUGCAUCCAAUUCUACGGUGCUCACUUCUUUCAAAAUGGAAGUGUUCUAAUAGGGGAGUAUUACAGUUAUGGAACUUUACUGAACACUAUAAAUAUAUACAAAAAACUAACAGAGAAGGUGAUGCCCCAAGCUCUGGUUAUCUACUUCGCCAUAAAAAUCCUCCACAUGGUAGAAGAGCUUCACAAGUGUGGAAUAAUUCAUGGUGACAUUAAACCUGACAACUUUAUAUUUGGCGAAAGGUUUUUGGACAAUGACACAUGUGAUAUUGAUGGCACAUCUCAUGGUCUGACAAUUAUUGACUUUGGUCAAAGCAUAGAUAUGACCCUGUUUCCUGAAGGAACCGUUUUCGGGGGAAAGUGUGAGACAUCUGGGUUUCAAUGUAUUGAAAUGAUUACAGGCAAGCCAUGGAAUUACCAGACUGAUUAUUUCGGAAUUGCUGCAACAGUAUACUGCAUGUUAUUUGGCACAUAUAUGAAAGUAAAAAAUGAGCAAGGAAUCUGGAAACCUGAUUGUACCUUUAGGAGGAUUUCCAAUGGAGAGGUCUGGGUUAAUUUCUUCGUCACUUUGCUGAACAUACAAGACUGCAACCACUUGCCUUCUUUGGGAGCUUUAAGGGCAACAUUGAGAGACUUAUUUUUAAAAACGUACUCCAAUAAAAUAAUAGUUCUCCGUAACAGGCUUGCGGUGUUGCUUGUUGAAAACAAACGAUCACGGAAGUAAAUGCUGAACUCUUGUGAAACAACGCAAAAGUUUUGAGAUGGUUUGAUCAAGUUUUCAUGAGGUUUCAUCUUGUUUCGU